AUGGUGGAAAGCAACAAAGGAGGAAAGAUUGUUCUCAUCAAAGGAGAGCGUGGAAGUGGAAAGACUGCAUUAGCAAUAGGACUAUCUAAAAGCCUUGGAGGGGCACCUUUCAACUCCAUCAGCGGAACCGAGAUUUACAGCCUUGAAAUGAGUAAGUCUGAGGCAAUUACCCAGGCUCUUCGGAAGUCUGUUGGAUUGAGAAUCAAAGAGUCUGUGAAAGUGAUUGAGGGAGAGGUUGUGAGUUUGAGCGGAAGAAGGAUUGUUCUCAAGACUGUUGACAUGGAGUCCUCGUUUGACAUAGGGGAGAAAAUGAGGAACGAGUUGGAUAAGGAGAAGGUGAGCACUGGAGAUAUUGUAAGAAUAGUCAGGGAAAGAGGUAAAGUUUACAAGAUCGGUACAAGUGUCGUGAAAAAGACCGAGGUUGUGGGGACCGAUACACGAUUUAUCCCCUGCCCUGAAGGAGAGCUGAUAAGGAUUAGGGAAGAGGUUCAGGAGAUAUCUCUCCAUGACAUCGACGUUGUUAACAAUAAAGCCGAAGGUUAUCUUGCACUUUUUAGUGGAGAGACGGGGGAAAUUAGAGCAGAGAUAAGAGAUGAAGUGAACAAGAAGGUAUGGAACUGGAUCAACGAGGGGAAGGCCGAAGUGGUUCGGGGUGUUUUAUUUAUCGAUGAGGUUCACAUGCUAGACAUCGAAAGCUUUGCGUUCCUGAACAAGGCAAUUGAAGAAGACUUUUGCCCGGUGAUCCUUAUUUCAACCAACAAAAAAGAAUGUAUCAUAAGGGGAACGGAUGAAAUAAGCCCUUAUGGGUUGCCAAGAGACUUUAUUGAUCGUGCUCUCAUAAUCUCUAUGGAGAAGUAUUGUAAAAGAGAUCUUGAGGGUAUAAUCAGCCAUAGAAUACUUGAAGAGGACAUUCACAUUGACAGUAAGGCUAUGGAUAAGCUUGUGUCGAUCUCUGAGGUAUCUGGACUGAGGUAUUCUAUGAAUUUGCUGACGAUAUCUGGCCUAAGGGCAAGUAAGAGAGGCGGAAAGGUGACUCUCGAGGAUAUUGAGAGAACUUUUGAGUUGUUUCUUGAUGAAGCUCGUGGGGUUGAAAACCUUACGGCCAAAUAA